AUUUCAGCUUUGAAAGAAGGGCAUUCUGUUUCGAGUGUAACAUCGACGUGCACACGAACUCCCAUCAACCCUUGCGGUCGUAUUUACAGUAGAAACCAUCUGCUUUUUGCUCGCUGCUCGCCGGCUAAAGUUGUUUAAAAUGUUGUGAAGACAUUGAACCUGAUGCUUCCUGUGCCGCACCGGGCUGCCUCCUCUCUGCUGCUAAAUUUAGGUCACAUGCUGUCUGACAACACCUCUCUGUGGAUUUGCUGACAGGCGAGUCUCACUUCCUUUUCUUUCUGCGGGACAGGUCUCUUCUUCCCAGUGCAAGCCAGAGAAGAGAGAUCAUGCGACCUCAUUAUCCUGUGCUGAAGAAGAUCCGUCUGUAGUGAGUUGUGUUUGACAGCAGCAGCAAUGACGGCUGGAGUCAGAGUUGCAGCUACCUGCAUCUUAACGCUGUGUCUCGGCUCUUUACACGUGAUCGCCCUCAAAUCACAACUUUUCACAAGACUUGGCGGCUCAUCUUCCUCCACUCAGCCCCCCAUCAGCUAUGAAACAUUUUAUUUUGACCAGAAGAUUGAUCAUUUCGGUUUCCUCGAGGACAGCACCUUCAAACAGAGAUACCUUGUAUCUGACAAACACUGGCAGCGGCCUGGAGGGCCCGUUUUGUUCUACACUGGUAACGAAGGCGACAUCGCCUGGUUCUGCAACAAUACAGGCUUCAUGUGGGAAAUUGCGGAGGAGUUGGGCGCCAUGCUGGUUUUUGCAGAACAUCGUUACUAUGGAGAGUCGCUGCCAUUUGGACAAGACUCUUACAGUGACAGCAAACACCUGAACUACCUGACCUCAGAGCAGGCCCUGGCAGAUUUCGCAGUGUUGAUCCAGAACAUGAAGAGCACUUUACCUGGAGCUCAGCAGAGCCCUGUCAUCGCCAUUGGAGGAUCCUAUGGAGGGAUGCUCGCUGCCUGGUUCAGGAUGAAAUACCCCAAUAUAGUUGUUGGAGCUCUGGCAGCCUCUGCACCAAUAUGGCAGUUCCCUGGUAUGGUGCCAUGUGGAGACUUCUACAAAAUAGUCACACAGGACUUUGCCAAGAGUGGGUACAACUGUGACGCAAACAUCAGAAAGUCGUGGAAGGCUAUUAAUAAUAUCUCCUCCACUGCGUCGGGUCUGCAGUGGCUGUCAGAAGAGUUCAGUUUGUGCAGCCCUCUUAAAAACAAGUAUGAUGCUUUCGGCUUCAAGAACUGGCUCCAGGAGACCUGGGUGAACCUGGCCAUGGUGGACUACCCCUAUGAAGCUAAUUUUCUGCAGCCACUUCCUCGCUGGCCCAUCCAGGUGGUGUGCAAGUAUCUCGCUUUCGAAGCCGGCGUGUCUGACCAGCAGCUGCUGCACGGCGUCUCGCAAGCGGCGAAGGUCUACUACAACUACACCGGAAGCUCUUCCUGUCUCAACACAUCUCAGACAGCAACCGGCAGUCUCGGUUUCCUCGGCUGGUUUUACCAGUCCUGCACAGAGAUGGUGAUGCCCAUGUGCACUGAUGGCGUCCAGGACAUGUUUGAACCUGCCGAGUGGAACUUCCAGGCCUUUUCUGACGAGUGCAACACCAUAUUUGGUGUCAGGCCACGAGCUGAUUGGGCCGGCACGGUCUACGGGGGGAAGGACAUCGCCUCUCACAGCAACAUCAUCUUCAGUAACGGAGGAUUGGACCCGUGGUCGGCUGGUGGAGUGACUCACAACAUAACAGAUUCUCUGGUUUCCAUUAUGAUUCCUGACGGAGCGCAUCACUUGGACCUCCGCUACAGCAACGACCAGGACACACCUUCAGUCCGAGCAGCCCGGGCGUUAGAGGUGAUGUAUUUUCGAGAGUGGAUCAAGCAGGCUGAAAGGACACCUCAAACUGCAUCAAGCCCUUAGUCCCUAAAGCAGCACGAUGUCGCUGCAGUUGCCUAGCUUUAAUUCGUGUGAUACUGUUUUCACACUAUUUCACAGGGUGCUUUCUGCAUUAUUAUGCCAAAGUUUCAGCUUUUUUAAUGAUUGUUGUUGGGGAUGACUUUCUUUACACUGAAUGAUGACAUAUUUUUAAAUUCCAACACCACCCUUGAUCUUAAUAACUAAGUCAUUAACCAUGUGAGAGUGUGUUAUAAUCUUAAUCAUGUAGCCAGUGUUCAGACUCUUUGACCCAAUGAAACACUCUAUUUCUUUAUGCCAAAUUAUGAACUUCCAAGGGCUUUGAGAGGUACUGUAUUAUGAGGAAAAUAUGAUCUGCGUGUGACAACAAUGCUGUAGCGUAAAUGCCUUUUUUUGUUAUUUCAUGUAAUCACAAUAUCAGCAUGACUAGACUGGAUAUUUUGAUUUCUCCUGUGUAAAGUUUUCCAAAAAUGCAUUAAGGCCACUCAGCCUCCAAACUUGUGUUUUCUCAUUGUCAGUCUGUGUUACAAUCAGGGAUUUUAUCACAUCUUUUAUUUAGGUUUUAUCCUUUAGUUUCCUCUUUACAAAUUGGCACCCAUAACCUUUAUCAUCUUGUCAGUCUUGCUGCUGUCAUUCAGGUGUGUUUGUAUUUGAAGUGUGUAUUGUGAUUUGCUUGGUAACACUUAAAGACGUCUCAGGAGAAAAAGUUUGGCACCAAAUAUAAAGAAAAAAUAUUUUUUAAUGUCAUCACAGACUGUGCUAUUAAACUUGAUUUGUUAUC